ACGAACCUGAGGAGGGCUGGAGCGACGGCAACUUCAGCAGCAGCAGCAGCAGUAGCAGCGGCACCAUGGCACAAGCUGCCAAGCAGCUCCGCAAGACCAAGGACCUCGCAGAGGCCGCCGCCCAGGAGCAGAGGGAGAAGGAGGAGAAGAAGAUCAAAAAGAGGAAUCGAUCAAGAGACCGCAGGCGCAAGGCGGAUGCUGCCACCAGCUUCCUGCGUGCUGCUCGUUCGGGGAACCUGGAUAAGGCCCUGGAUCACAUCAAGAACGGGAUUAACAUCAACACUGCUAAUCAGAAUGGUCUUAACGGGUUACACCUGGCCUCUAAAGAGGGUCAUGUCAAAAUGGUUUUGGAGCUGCUACACGCUGGAAUUGAGCUGGAAGCGACAACGAAGAAAGGGAACACUGCUCUCCAUAUCGCGGCUCUGGCAGGGCAGGAGAAAGUGGUGGCUGAGCUCGUCAACUAUGGUGCCAACGUUAAUGCCCAGUCACAUAAAGGCUUCAGUCCGCUCUACAUGGCUGCACAGGAGAACCAUUUAGAAGUGGUCAAGUUUCUGCUUGAAAAUGGUGCAAAUCAGAGUCUCCCAACUGAGGAUGGCUUUACACCUCUAGCAGUGGCCCUUCAGCAGGGCCAUGAAAACGUUGUGGCGCUGCUCAUCAAUUAUGGCACAAAAGGGAAGGUCCGCCUCCCGGCCCUUCACAUAGCUGCACGGAACGAUGACACUCGCACGGCUGCUGUCCUUCUACAAAACGACCCAAACCCUGAUGUACUUAGCAAGACUGGCUUCACCCCGCUGCAUAUUGCAGCUCACUAUGAAAACAUGAGUGUAGCUCAGCUGCUGCUGAACAGAGGAGCAAAUGUAAACUUCACCCCAAAGAAUGGAAUCACACCUCUCCAUAUAGCCUCCAGGAGGGGCAAUGUGAUGAUGGUCAGAUUACUGUUGGACAGGGGAGCUCAGAUCGAUGCCAAAACAAAGGAUGAGCUGACUCCUCUUCACUGUGCAGCCCGGAAUGGUCACGUUCGCAUUAUUGAAAUCCUCCUGGAACACGGUGCUCCCAUCCAGGCUAAAACUAAGAAUGGUCUGUCCCCAAUUCACAUGGCAGCUCAGGGGGAUCACAUGGACUGUGUCAGGCAGCUACUGCAAUACAAUGCUGAGAUUGAUGAUAUCACAUUGGACCAUCUAACCCCACUUCAUGUAGCAGCCCACUGUGGUCACCAUCGAAUGGCCAAAGUUCUACUAGACAAAGGAGCCAAAGCUAACGCUCGUGCUCUGAAUGGCUUCACACCUCUUCAUAUCGCUUGCAAGAAGAACCACAUGAGAUCAAUGGACUUGCUGUUAAAGCACUCUGCUUCUUUGGAAGCUGUCACAGAGUCUGGUCUCACCCCUCUCCAUGUAGCAGCAUUCAUGGGCCAUCUAAACAUAGUAAAGAACCUGCUCCAAAGAGGGGCUUCACCUAAUGCUUCCAAUGUGAAAGUGGAGACACCCCUCCAUAUGGCCUCCAGAGCAGGACACUGUGAAGUGGCUCAGUUCCUUCUACAGAAUGCAGCACAAGUUGAUGCAAAGGCAAAAGAUGACCAGACACCACUACACUGUGCGGCUCGUAUGGGCCACAAGGAAUUGGUCAAGCUGCUCCUGGAGCACAAGGCUAACCCUGACUCAGCAACGACUGCUGGUCACACGCCCUUACACAUCGCUGCACGUGAGGGACAUAUCCACACCAUACGGAUAUUAUUGGAUGCAGGAGCGCAACAAGUCAAGAUGACAAAGAAAGGUUUCACUCCUCUACAUGUAGCUUCUAAGUAUGGAAAAGUGGAUGUAGCGGAACUUCUUCUAGAAAGAGGUGCAAACCCAAAUGCAGCAGGGAAAAAUGGUUUGACACCCCUUCAUGUGGCCGUGCAUCACAACAACCUGGAUGUUGUUAAGCUUCUGGUCAGCAAGGGAGGAUCUGCACACAGCACUGCCCGAAACGGUUACACUCCUCUGCACAUAGCUGCCAAGCAGAACCAGAUGGAGGUGGCCAGUGUUCUGCUUCAAAAUGGAGCAUCCCCAAAUGCAGAGUCCCUCCAAGGCAUCACGCCCUUACACCUGGCCGCACAGGAGGGGCGGCCUGAUAUGGUGGCUCUGCUUAUCUCCAAACAAGCAAAUGUAAACCUAGGAAACAAGAAUGGGCUGACUCCCCUGCAUCUUGUAGCUCAGGAGGGUCAUGUAGGCAUCGCAGACACUUUGGUCAAACAGGGCGCGUCAGUCUAUGCAGCUUCACGGAUGGGAUAUACUCCCAUACAUGUGGCCUGCCACUACGGUAACAUAAAGAUGGUGAAGUUUCUUCUGCAGCAGCAGGCUCAAGUGAAUGCCAAAACAAGGACGGGCUACACCCCUCUGCACCAGGCGGCUCAACAGGGCCACACAGAUAUUGUCACCCUGUUACUAAAACAUGGAGCCCUCCCCAAUGAAAUCACAUCAAACGGUACAUCUCCCCUUGGCAUUGCUAAGCGACUGGGUUAUAUUUCUGUCAUUGAUGUGCUAAAGCUGGUUACAGAGGAGUCCGUUUCCACUAUGACAACAGAGAAGCACCGGAUGAGCUUUCCUGAGACAGUGGAUGAAAUAUUGGAUGUCUCUGAAGAUGAAGGAGUUUGCCAGCUAACUCUAGGAGAUGAACUGCUCGGUAUGGAUGGAGCACGCUAUUUGAAACUUGAUGACUUCAAAGACCAGGAUGAUGACUUUCUUUCUCCAAAGAAAACUCUUAGAGAUUUUGACAGUGGCACGGGUACAACGCCAUACUCUCCUGCUAUUCCCAGGAUUCCCUGUGUCUCACCAGAGACAGUGCAGCUUGACCAGUACACGCCCAUCCCUUUACCAAAGGAGUAUGAUGAGGACUCGCUUAUCCCGAGCAGUCCAGCUACUGAAACCUCAGAUAAUGUCAGCCCGGUGGCCAGCCCCAUUCACACUGGGUUCCUGGUGAGUUUUAUGGUGGAUGCACGCGGAGGCUCCAUGCGAGGAAGCAGACACCACGGCUUGCGGGUGAUUAUCCCUCCGCGAACCUGUGCCGCACCGACUCGCAUCACCUGUCGUCUUGUUAAACCACAGAAACUGACAACGCCUCCUCCGCUGGUGGAGGGGGAGGGCCUGGCUAGUCGGAUCAUUUCCCUGGGGCCAUCCAGUAUGCAGUUUCUGGGGCCUGUUAUUGUUGAAAUCCCCCACUUUGCCUCAUUGGCACGUGGAGACAGAGAACUAGUGGUCCUCCGAAGUGAAAACGGCUCAGUCUGGAAGGAACAUCGCAACCGCUAUGGAGAUGAAGUGCUGGAAACUAUUUUGAAUGGCAUGGAUGAAGACUUAGAGAGUCAAGAGGAAUUGGAGAAGAAGAGAAUACGUCGAAUCAUCUCUACCGACUUCCCCCUCUACUUUGCUGUUGUCUCUCGCGUUCAACAGGAAAGUGAUCUUAUCGGCCCAGAAGGCGGGCGUCUCAUCAGUAAGCUGGUUCCCCAUGUGGAGGCCAUCUUCCCAGAGACUGCCGUCACCAAGAGAGUGCGGCUGGGAUUGCAGGCACAACCAAUCCCUGAUGAACUGCUAACUAGACAGCUUGGGAACCAAGCAACCUUCAGCCCAGUGGUUACAAUCGAACCUCGGCGACGCAAGUUUCACCGUCCAAUUGGACUGCGCAUAUCUUUACCCCCAUCCUGGAAGGAAAGCCCACGGGAUGCUGGCGAAGGAGACACCACCAGCUUGCGCCUCCUCUGCAGUGUCAUAGGUGGAACAGCUCCAGCUCAGUGGGAGGACAUCACUGGAACCACCAAGCUGAUGUAUGCAAAUAACUGUGCCAGUUUUACCACCAACGUGUCUGCAAGAUUUUGGUUGGCAGAUUGUCCGCGCACAGCAGAGGCAGUUACUUUUGCCAACCUGCUGUAUAAGGAGCUAAUGGCAGUCCCGUAUAUGGCGAAAUUUGUUAUUUUUGCAAAGAUGAAUGAAGCACGGGAAGGCAGAUUGCGUUGCUACUGCAUGACGGAUGAUAAGAUGGACAAGACUCUAGAACUGCAUGAAAACUUCACAGAAGUGGCCCGCAGUCGAGAUAUAGAACUUAUGGAGGGCAUGCCGCUGCACCUGGAGUGUUCUGGAAAUUUGGUGCCCAUUCGGAAGGCCACACAGCAACCUCGUAGCUUCAGCUUCCAGGCCUUCAGAGAUAACAGACUGCCUGUGUCUGUCAAGGUCAGGGAUAGCAACAAGGAAGCCACUGGGUUUCUGUCUUUUCUGAGGAAAUGCACCAAGUAUGAGGACUCGCAACAUGUCCUCUGCAACCUUAAUAUAACUAUGCCACCUUGUGUCAAGGUUGCUGGUAGCGAAGAACGAAGACGAACUUUAACUCCUUUGGCCCUAAGAGAGCGCUACAGUGCACUAAAUGAGCCUGGUGUGGCUACUGUCAACGCCAUGGAGAGGACGGAAAUCAAAAUCCAUAUUAUUUCUGAUCAGCUGGGUUUAAGCUGGGCAGAGUUGGCACGAGAGCUUCAGUUCAGUGUUGAUGACAUCAACAGGAUCCGUGCAGAAAAUCCAAACUCACUGUUUGACCAGAGCUCUGCCCUCCUCAACCUGUGGGUCAGCAGAGAGGGUAAAAAGGCCAAAAUGGAGAGUCUGUACACAGCUCUUAAGAACAUUGACCGUGCAGACAUCGUAUCUUCUCUAGAGGGUCAGCCCCCACAGCAGGGGCCUGGGAUGUCAGAAGAGGGUGCCUGUCGUCUGGCUGACAGAGACUCAACAUUGCUGUCCCCCAGUGUCCUUAAUGGUUAUGGGCUGGUGCAGGAGGAACUUGUGUCCCCGGCCUCCAUGCAGUACAGCUUGCCCUCUCCAUUGGGUGUGGAACCAUACUGGCAGGAAGUUUCCAGCCUGGAGUGUGCACCUAUUGCCACCACGGAAGAAGACACUUUAAUGGAGAUGUCGGAUGUUCAAGUGUGGCCAGCAGGGGUUAGCCCCUCUCUGGUCACCGUUGAGGAUUCGUCGCUAGAUGGUAGCAGUCGAGCCGAUGACUCUGAGGGUGCCACCCUUUCAUUGCCCUGCAGCUUGGGUCACCCAAGCAGUGGAGCCAGUGGGGCCAGUGGUUCCAUAAUGGAGCUGGAAGAAGAGGAGGAGGAGGAGGAGGAGGAAGGGGAGGUUGAGGAGGAGGAGGUACCACAAGAGCCAGCAAGUGCACUGGCAGAAUGGGACAGGGUGAGGGCCAGUGGCGCUGUUCCCAAAGUCAAUCUGAAUGGGCAACUGGGAGGUCAGAGGUCAGAUGCAAGGAGAUGUGUUGCUGUGGAAGUGGGAGGAGGAAGUAAAGGAGUAGCUGGAGGUGUGGGGCUGGGUUCAGUGGAAGGGAUUUCUCUUGUUACAGGCCAGCAGGUGUAUGCCCAGCAUGGUGAGGUUACUGGGCUAGAUCAGCCACCAGAACACAACGGGGACAACCGGAUGGUGGGAGGAGGUGCGUUUCAGCCAUACUUGCCAGACAAGGACUCCCUGCAGGGCUGGGUGGGCUCGGUAUCAUCAGGAUACGACGGAAGCGUGCCAGGCUUGCAUACAGCGCAGGAGGCCCUACUGACUCCGAAAGAAGAAGGCGUGAAGAAGGAAGACUUUUCAGCGGAGGCAAAGAUUGUUGAGGAGCGCGGAAUCGCGCUUUCAAGAAAAGUGGGGGCGGAUGUAAGAAAGGGUGCUCAUUCAUUGCAGCGCACCAGUCUGCGGAGAGUUAAACACUGAAAUACACGUAUACUACCCGAUCCUUCAGGACCGGAAACCCACUGCCAAAACACCUACCACAAAAACACGACCAGAAAGAAGAUGGAAAUGAAAAAUGAAGAGGAGAAAAAGAUGAAAAAAAAACAAAAAAAACAUGCAAGGACAAAGAUGCAAGGACAACAGAAAUAUCCUCAACCUGUGAUCACAAAGCACCACAAAACAAAAGAAGACAAAAACAAAAAAGAGGAGUUGAACUUGUAGUUUUAUAACAUUUGUAAAGAAAACUAUAACUAAACAAAAGGCAUGAUGAUUCAUUUUUAUACAAAAAAAUAUAUAAAUGUUCGUAAGACAGCUAAAAAAAAAAGCAACAAAGUGCUUCCUGUGAACUGUAAUCGCAUGAUAACUGCUGGUGCAUGCCCUUUGACCUUUUGAACUGUCAUUAUCUACAAACUGAAGGAGUACAAACUGAAGCUACAGGUGCCGGCCUGUGCAGGGGUGGUUACAGGCAGUCCCUUUUAAAAGGGCCUCCUGUCCCCUAAAUGAAGCAGUGUGGUAGCGAGUUGAGUCCAUUACCAGUGCAGCCAAAAAAACAAAAACAAAAAAAACACAAGUCCCUUGAAGGUUGGCUGUGUAUGCAGCUAAGCCUCUGCUGAGCCUAUUAACGCUUCUGCCACUGGACCCUUUUUCCUCUUAUUCUUAAUGUGAUAUAUGCACUCUAUGCCAUGUGAACACGUGUGCGCGUGUGUGUUUAAAUUGCUCUGCUGCUUGUGUUUCCUGGGCUUCCCAGAUAGGCUUGUUGUCUCUGUGAUGUCACAGCGUGCUAGACCUCUGCUAGGAGAAGGCCGCUGGCUCUUCUCUGCUUGUGAGCUCCCAUCUGCGUGUCAGUGUUUUUAUUUAGAUUUAUUCUCAGAGAAGUUUGCUUUCUCUUUGGUAUCUGUACGCUUUGGUUUCCCCCUUUGAUUGAAUCUGUUAGAGAUUUGAAUCUCUUUAAUUCCCUCGUGUUUUCAAGUGUUUUAAAGACGUCAGAAUGUUUUCCUUUGAAAAGAAAUGAUUGCUUGACAGCAUUGCACAGCGUCUCUAUGAUAAAUAUCUCAACGUUUUCCUUCCAUAUAAGCAUUUUGGUUAUUCUUCCAAUUUUCUUUGUAGCAUAUCUCUUUUUUAGCAUCUCUAUCAGUGACCCCACUCUAUAUGCAUUCAAAGUCACAGGUCUCUUCUAUCUGCUCCAUGUUAUCUUUGUUUUUGUUGUUUUAUAUCCACUGUGACACAUCACUGUCACAUUUUUAUUAAUCCUAAGCAAAAGCAUUGAAUGCAGGAAUCACUGAGAUUUUGGCUUUUAAGUGUAUUUUUGCACUGUGACUGUCCAGUUAUUACUGACCCCAAACUCGUGAACUCUCUGUACAUGUUUCUUGCAAAGGUAUUUAUAUCUCCCCUAAUUUCAAUCUAUUUUAUUGGAAUUUUAAGUAUUGCAAAAUUGCGGAGAGGAAGAAAAGCUUUUUCAUUUAAAAACCUAAAGAGUAUAGCAUAUAUUUACAACUCAGCAACACCAUAUGAGAGCUACAUUUUAAUGCAAAUAAAGGUGUACGGUAAAUCUUUUUUGGUAUGUCUCUACCAGCUUUUGCCCAUUGGUCUUUGCACUGCAGCUCAGACUUGGUUAGAUUGGAUAGAGAUCAUACAUUUUAAGGUCAUACCUUAUAUUCUGAUGUAGAUUUAAGUCUAGACAUUGACUGGGCAUUUUUAGCAGAUACAUAUCCAUAGAAAUGUUUCUCCAAAUAUUUGAAGAGGAAAGUUUUCCAGCUGGAAAUUGAGCUAUCACCUGUGCCUAAAGCUUUUUCAGAUUUUCUUUCAGAAUUGCCCUAUUUCAAGCCUGAGGAGUCUUUCCAUCAUUCAGGCCAGCUUCCAUGUAGCUGCUAAAGAAAAGCAUCUUCAGGUAGAUGCAGUGUUUGUUUUGCAUUCGGACCAUGAAGUAGAGCUUCCAUAGCUUUCAAAACCAAUCUCCAUUCUUGCAGGCUGUCUCCACUGCAUUGCUUUUGGAGAACUUUAAAUUGCUUAUGAAUUUGUUUUAAUUGUUGCUGUCUUCCUGUCAGUCUUCCAUAAAGGCCUGAUUUGUUGGGCGCACAAAAAAUUCUUGUCCUGUCAAAAGGUUGUCCCUUCUCUGCAGCUCCUCCAGAGGUACCAUGGGAAUCCAGACUGAAUUUCUGCUCAAUGUUAUUGAUGUCACUUUACAUAAACAGGCAUGAAUAUAAACGUUUGUAGUUGUGCCAUAUUCUUGAGUAUUAAGCAGUACUUUUAAGAUGCCCAGAUCUGUUAUACAUCUUGACAGCUUUAACCCUUACCUGACGCUCUUUGACUAUUCAUUUUAAAAAGAUUGAAAUGUUGUAAAAAGUUUUUCUUCUUCUCUACAAUUCUACCGAGCUUUCUUAGUACCGUGUCCGACUUCAGUAAGCACUCAGCAACUAAGUAAACACACCAAAAAUGGCAAAAAAGUGAACUAUGCAAACUCCAAUACACACAAACACAGAAAAAUGCAAAAAACAAAAGGUUUAAAUCACAAAAAAUAGGCAGAAACAUUAAAAAAAUAUUUUUCAAAUACUAAAAACAAACAGAUGUUAUAACAGGCUGCAAACUGGCACCACAAAACAAAAGUGCGCCUGAUCACCAAGAGAAGUGGCCACCUCCAUUUAUCUAUGGACAUUAAUGGGAUACCUACAAGAAAGAUAGAGGAUAGAAGGAAAUCUGUUUUCCUUUUUCUUUUUUAAGCAUGUGGUCAUAAUCUGGUUCCAUAUUAUAGAACAGAAGUAUAUUUAAGUAAGUGGAUAAUGCAUACUCCUUUUGGGUCAAGUUUGCAGCUUCUUAAAACGUACUGUUUUUGGUAUUUGACAAAUUUUUUCCUCUGAAUUAGUUUCGCUUGUCAUAAGAUUUUGAUGCGUUUUUUGUGACUGUAUUCCUUUACUAUUUGAUGUUAUGGAGUUUGGAUCAUUCAUCUGUUUGCUCCUGUCAGCCACCUUAUCUUUGCCUUCAGAAAAUAUCCCACUAAAAUGUACUGAAGUUUAAAUUUGUUUCAUUAUAAUAUGUGAAGAUGUUUACUAUAAAUACCUUUGCAGGGCAUGGUACAUUCUAGAAAAAGCACACAAAAAACACAAUAGACAUAUAUGGUCGAAAGAUCAGCCAGAUUUACCGCAGCAAUAAUACCUAAUGAAAAGAAAAAAAUGGAAGCUUUGCUUUCCCAUUUUCCAACAAUUUGUGUGAUUACGAUCAGAGAGAUGCUUUUUUUAAUUCUUUAUUUAAAUAGCUAAAUGUCGCAAAACCUGUUUUUCUUUACAAAAGCUAAUGUUUGUUGUGCUACUUAAGAUUAAUUUUGCUUUCUCUGAGUUAUUAAGGCUAUUGAUGUUUCAUAUACAGCAUAUAAAAACAAGCAAGUUUUCUUUUUUUUAACAUGUUAUGCAGCAACCAGACAGCAGCCCCAUGUAGUCUUUGUACCGUAGUAGCAGACAUUUCUGAAGAGUCUCAACACCAUCUUAUCCCACAAGUACUGUAAAAACUACUGUAGCUUGAAUGAGUGCAGCACAGAAUGAUUGCACACAUUUUUCAUAUCCUUUCCAUGCAGGUAAACUUCAUCCGAUAAUAGCACAUUUUAUAGCAACUUAUUUUACACUCAGGUUUUUUUGUUCUGCUGAUGUUGGAAUUCAGAUGGUUCUCUGAAGCAUGAGAAUUGGACUCAGAUUUGGUUCCUUUUGAAGAGCGAAUUUGAUGUAUGUUUUGGUGACUGCAUGAAAUGAAAAAAUUGUGUGCAAGUGUCUUUGUCAGAUUCUAUUGAAUUAGACCAAAAACUUGUUUUAAUUUUGUCUAAAUGGGACCUCUCAAUGCCGCCGUGGAACACGGAACAGUUUGUUGUUCUUUAUUUUCAACCCUUAUGAAGAAAAACUAACCAAGCAGGGUUCGACUGCAGCACAGGCAUAACUGAUUAUAUAUUUUAUUUAACGUUUGGUUUAUAAGAUGGCUUUGUAAUGUUGACUUAAAAUGCAGCCCUUUCUAAAAUGAUUGGCAAUCUGAUAAAUGUGUGUUUUAAAAUAAUUUGAUAUAUUGCAGUAGAAUAAGACUAAAAAAACUCUUUAUUUGGAUCCAUUGAUUAUUGAAAGGGAAAAUAAUCUCAUUGUCAGAUAUUCUUUAUAACCACCUGUGCCACAAUUAAUGAUAACACCUCUACAAUUACUGUGAAAUAAGAACUGAUUCAACAGUGACGUACUGGGGUCACAUGUCAAAUGAUUGUACUCAAGACAUGACAGAAAAGAAGAAAAAAACUACCUUUCAUGCCCUUUGUUACAAACAUGUUGAGUUUGCUAAACUCUAAUGGACCUUUAAGUCAGAAAUGUAAAUCCAUUCAACUUAUAUAGUGCUGUUCUUAUCAUGGCAACCACUCAAAAGAUUUUAUAUGAGAGCCACAUUCCCAUGCAUGCAUUAUUGAAAAUACAAGAUUCAGUUGGCAGCCAGUCCAGAGUUAAUCUUAGAUGACUAUCACCUCUUAGUUAAAGUUGCCCCAACCGCAAUCUCAUGUUUUAUCAGAUGAGUGAUGGACAUUUGGUGUGUUGCUCACCAAGGAUAAACCAUUGCUAAGUAUGGUGGAAGAUCUGUGAUACUGUGGGCCUGUUUCUCUUUCCUGGGAUCCUGGGAUUUGUAUUAUAUUGCACUGUAUCAUAAUCUCUUCUAAAUAUUGAAAUUGAAAAUUUACACUAGAUACAUUGAAAAUGGAUUAAAUUGAAGCUUUCAGCAGAAUCAAAAAUAUAUGACUGAAUCAACAGACCAAAUGGAAAUCAAGCAUUUUAGCCGAUGUCCAUCUCAUCUCCCCAACUUAAAAUUCAAAGUGAGGUGAGCUGAAGAGAACAAACCAUACAUGGAUAAAGGAUUUAAUUGCUCUUGCUAAAUUAAUUUAGCAAGUGCAAUUCCGUAUAAGCAAUGUACUACUGAAAGAUGUUUCUCUAAAGAGAAUAUCAACUCAAUUUACCAAAUAUCUGACUCAUGGGAUAGAAGAUUGUGACACCUUUGAUUUUGUUUAAAGUGAUUAUUUCUUAAUAAAGUCACAUGAAAGCAAGCUCAGUCAGCUUUGGAAAAAUGUAAACAAAAACAAAAAAAAACAUUAACUGACAAAGCAAAAUUGAAACUAAAUUUAAAACUAAGAAUAAUCCAUGUGUAUAGGAAUUAAGAUCACGUAUAAAAUCCAUAUGGAAUGAAAACUAACUUAACAUGAACUUUGCAAGAAGCUUUAGGGAAGAGUUUUGGGAACACUAAUUUGGAAUCUAAUUACCAACAGAUUUUCUCCCACUUGAAUUUAUACUUAAAUCAAAUAUAGAAAUGUUCUAAACAUUUUAGUAGUAGGUUAUACCAAUGUAAUAACAGAUUGGAUUGAUUUUUGCAAAAACAAUCUGUAUUGUACUGUAACUUUUUGGAUACUUUGCUGAAUCUCAUCAAAUUAGAUCACAGUAAUUUAGCCACAAAUAAUGACAUAAUCAGUAAUAUCAGUCACAAUUGCAUUGGUCUAUAUUCCAAACCUAAACAUUCUUGAGUUAAAGUAGCAUCACCACUAGUUAUCACCUCACCAUUAAGUGCUUCUACUGGUCUUGCUAUCUUUGAAACUAAACCAUUUGGAUCGGUGCAUGAUAUGAGGCACAAAAGCUAAGUUUGUAGAUGUGUUUCACAGAUUGAGAGUUGAACUAAGUGGAGAGUUUAAACUGCCAGUUUGAUGUUGAAAAAGGAUAACAGCUGUAAAGUUAUUUAGGGCAGUGGUUCCCAAAGUUGGGGUCAUGACCCCGCUGUGGGUUGGGUCAGCGUUAAAAUCUCUAGACAUCAGUUUAGUUUGGAAAAUGAAGGAGCCUUGUUUAAAUAAUAAUCAGCUUUAUUGUAAGGUCUAGCGGGGCCCUCAUUUUCUCUAUAGUUUAGUAGCCAGUAUUGCAUACUCCACCCAGUAGUAAAUAAAACUUUCCCCUCUACGAAAUUCAACUGUAGCCUUAUAUCUUGUUCAGCAGAUAAUUAUUGACAACUGAGUACCUUCAAUUAGUUUUGUCAACUGCUAAUACACCCAAAAUUGUCUGAAUGCUAUUCUAUGCACUGGUGUGGGGUUAAAGUUUAUUCGAAUUAUGAGGUUUGGGAACCACUGUUUUGGAGAAUAGUGUGGAAGAAGAAAGGACAAUAUUUUAAAAACUAGUCUGAGUACAGUCUGGAACUGUCAAGUAGCAUAAAUAGAAAGUCUAAAAAAAGGCAUCAUAGCCCUUGGAAAGCUCUCCCAGGUUAGAGGAUAAAAUCACUGUAAAUAUUAAACAAUUUUUUGUAGCAUCAGGUCCUUUGUUAUUAGCUUAACUAAAAUUAAAGUAUUGAAGAGGUACACAUUUGAUGAUACAUUAUUUUUGUUUUGGUAACUAGAUUUGGUUAUUGCAUGGGUGUAGAGUAUACAACCACAAUGUCCAGUCAGUGCUCAAUAAUGAAGGAUAGAUAACCAAUUUGACGUUAAAAUCGAUGUUGGGUUUUCUUUACAGAGUGUGUUCUAUCACUACCAUCUCUUACAUCAUGCACUUGCAGGAAAUAAAUAUUUCCUGUUCUUUAAAUCUCAUUUAUCAUUCAGAAGAAGUCCCUUCUAAUGUGAUAAAACUUCCCUUCCAUCAUGUUUGUGUGUUUGGUGUGAAAGUGUGUAUGCAUGAUAACACUUGGUUCCAAACCUUGUCAGAUCAGAAGAAGAAAGAAAACAUUUUUGCCAAGCAUGUGAGUAAAGAGGGUGUUUAACCUACAACAAUGUAUUUUAAAAUGAUUAUUGUACAAUAUUACCUGUUGCAAAGACUAGAGAUCACCUAUACUCCUUUAGACUGGAUACAUGACAGUGUAAACGCAAUAUCAUAUUAUUCUAUCCUAAGGAAUGCAACUGCGCACAUGCACAAAAAAGAUGGUUUUUAAGAAAAUGUAUGUAUAAAUAUAUGAUAAAAUAUAUUUAAUUAGAAUGCUAUGCACCCUCAUAGAGUUGUUAUGGAUGUUCUUUAAGCAUUAUCUAGUUUAGGCCGACACCCACAUCAUGGGGAAUGUAGAGGCUUUGUAGCUAUGACCAUUUGUUUUCUUUUCUUUUGUAUUGUCCUGGAGAGGAUAAACAAACGUGAAUAUGUAUACAAGCCUUUCAAUCAAACAGGAAGAUAUGUAUAGAACAUGUUAUCUUGUACACCAGCUCUUACCAUUUACAAGACUUAAUAAACAGAAAAGACGCAA